AUGGCCAUGAGCCUGGCCACCUCACACAAGAUUUCUACAUUACAAAGCUUUGUAUUUGAUAUUAUAUUAAUGGAAGAGGUGCUACGCUUUUCCAAUGAAGCAAUACAGAAAUCCUUUGAUAGGAAAAUGGAAAUAUCUAAUACAAAUCUGACUGUGGUCACAGAGUUUUUCCUCACAGGAUUUCAAGGCAGCCAACUUCUAAGAAAUGUUCUAUUCCUUCUGUUCCUUAUUAUUUAUGAAGCAACCAUGUGUGGUAACCUCCUGAUAAUAUCAUUAGUACUCAACAGCAAGAACCUGCACACUCCAAUGUACUUCUUCAUCUCACAACUGUCCAUCAGUGACAUCCUGGUUACCACAGAUAUUGUUCCCAAAAUGCUCCACAUUUUACUACAUAAUGGGGGAACCAUUACCUUUAUUCACUGCUUGACUCAGUUUUUCUUCUUCUGUGCUGCCGAAGUAUUUGAAUGUCUUCUUCUCACAGUGAUGUCUUAUGACAGAUAUGUGGCCAUAUGUAAUCCUCUCCGUUAUACUUCUGUCAUGACAAACGAAUUUUGUGUUAAAUUGUCUGCUAUGUGUUGGUUGGUGGGUAUUUUUGUUACAAUUAUUUUCACUGUACCACCAGCAAAGCUAUAUUUUUGUGGCCCAAAUAUUAUCAACCAUUUUUUCUGUGACCCUAUUCCCUUUGUAGAACUUUCUUGUUCUGACACCUUCAUUGUUCACUUGGACUUUUAUAUUUUGGCUGUUCCAAUUUUAAUAAUCCCCGUCACAAUCAUUGUAGUGUCUUAUACUUACAUUGUUUUAGCAGUCUUAAGGAUCCCAUCCAGUACUGGUAGACAGAAAGCCUUCUCCACCUGUAGCUCCCACCUCAUUGUGGUCUCCAUAUUUUACUGGACAAUCUUCAGUGUUUAUGUUGUCCCACCACAUGUCCUAACACUUUCUGUUACUAAAAUCCUCUCACUGCUAUAUACUGUAUUCACCCCUUUGGUCAAUCCCAUUAUAUACAGCCUCAAAAAUAAAGACAUUAUGAAAGCUGUACAGGGAACAUUUCAUAAAUGA